AUGAUGGAGGAGAUAGACCGCUUCCAGGUGCCAGCCGUUCGGGCCGAGAUGCAGCCGCUGGAUCCAACAGCUGCAUCUAUUUUGGACAGAGAUUGUGGUAUGAGAGGAGAGACUGUAGCCAUGAACUGUAAGCCAUCCCCACUUCAAGUGAAAUUAGAGAAGCAGAGGGAGCUGGCUCAGAAGGGCUUCCUGAAGAAUGGCAACAUGGGAAGCCUAGUUAAUCAGCAGCCCAAGAAGAACAAUGUGAUGGCACGAACAAGGCUCGUCAUUCCCAAUAAAGGCUAUUCGUCAUUAGAUCAGAAUCCAGAUGAAAAGCCACUGGUAGCCCUGGAUACAGACAGUGAUGAUGACUUUGACACGUCCAGAUAUUCCUCCUCAGGAUACUCAUUAGCUGAGCAGAUCAACCAAGACUUGAACAUCCAGCUCCUAAAGGAUGGGUACCGGUUAGACGAGAUCCCAGAUGAUGAGGACCUCGACCUAAUUCCCCCUAAAUCUGUGAACCCUACCUGCAUGUGUUGCCAAUCCACCUCUUCCACCGCCUGUCACAUCCAGUAG